AUGUUAGGGUGGUAUUUUCCUGCAGACACACUCAACAUGAUUGAACCUCACCUCACUCAACUUGGCGAGGCGGCUGUUUCGCCCCAAAUCUUUGCAUGGAAUGCCGACGCAGAAACCAACCUGCCAUAUAUCAAGAAUUACAAUAAGCAGUUAGGAAAGUGGGGGGCUAAGCAUGGAGUUGUCUCGCUAGGAUACGACCACACGUACGGCGUUCAUAGGCGCACUGUUCAAUAUGCUGCAGUGUACUUAUACGUCCCCUCAUCGUCAAUGUACAGAUGUCCGAUGAAGGUGAUGACUACUGGACAUCUGGUAUGGAUGACGGAAAGAGCAGGCGGGAGCGACGUUCAAAACACAGAAACAUGGGCUACAUAUGCACCCUUGCCCCAAGGAUCAAAAACAUCAGACGUCCUCGCCGAGGGUGACUACCUGAUCAGCGGAUUCAAGUUCUUUUCCUCCGCGACAGAUGCCAACGUCGCUUUUCUCUUAGCCAAAACGGAUUCUGGGAAACUGAGCACAUUUAUCGCCCCAUUACGGAAAACUUCCAUUGGAGCGGAUGGAAAGCCAGAACAAUUAUCCAAUGGCGUGCGCAUCCACCGCCUAAAGAACAAACUUAGUACCAAGGAACUACCCACAGCUGAACUGGAACUCAGGGGCAUGCGCGCUCACCUAGUUGGUGAGCUUGAUCAAGGCAUUCAGACUAUUGCUCCACUGUUAAAAACCACUUGCAUUCAGACGCUUCUUGGAACACUAUCAACCUGGCGUCGUGCUAUUAGCACCACGAAAAAUUUCGCUAAGUCACGGACCACUGUCGGGGAGCCAUUAUGGUUGAUUCCGAUGCAUCUGCGUCUCCUGGCAGAUAUGGAGAGCACCGCGGAACAUGCGCAUAUGCCUCAGAAUCUUACCGAAGCAAAGGUUGUCUUCCGAGUCCUAACCGCCACGUGCAAGGGGGUUGUUAGUAAGAUGUCGAUGGUGGGCGUUCAAGAAUGCCAGGAAGCGAUGGGUGGAGUUGGAUACAUUGAUGAACCAGACGAGCCUGAAUUCAACAUUUCACCCCUUCUCCGUGCUGCAGCCGUGUAUCCGAUCUGGGAGGGUACAACGAAUGUGCUGGCUAGUGAAAUAGUCCGUUUCCUCAUAAAAGGUGAUAAUUUAUCUAUUUUUUCCGGGUGGCUCAUUCGUGUUUUGUCUUUGAUCCGUACGCCGUAUCUCGCCGGGGCAUUGAGGCAGGCUUUGUAUUCUUUCCUUUGUCGCAUGACACCUACUCGUCCACAAACUGCACUACUGGCUGAUGCCCGGAGGAUCAUGUUCACCUUUGCCUGGAUCCUUGCAGGGGCUCUCCUAGCUUUGGAUACAGAACGUGAUGGGGAUGAGGUCGCGAUAGAGAUUGCUCGCAGCUGGGUUCUGUUAGGUGAGGGUGGGGUUGGCGAGUUUGUCUACCGGGAUAUUGUCAAGCCUUCGAUACAACGGGGAGCAAUGAGCAGAAUCAUACAAAGUUGGAUUGAUUCAACAUCAAAGCUAAUCAAAUUGUUUGUCAAACUGCAAGCACUCUUCGAAACUUUCAUUGGUCUCGUGAAAAUCUAG